AUGGAGAACAGUAAAGAUAUUUUUUAUGAUAAGGAAAAAAAAUUUUUUCAAUAUCUGAUGAUAUAUAUUAGUAGAUUUUUUAUGAGUGAUGAAGAAAUAGUUAUCUUUGAUUUGUUUAUUAAUAACGAAUGUCUAUAUUUAGAAAAGGAUAUUGUUAAUAACAUUAAUAUGAAUGAACAAAAGAUAAGAAGUAUCCUAUCUAAAUUAUUAAAAGAUAAAUUCAUUAUAGAAAUACAAAAAUAUAAAAAUAAUGAAAAGGGAACCAACUUUCAAACCUUUUAUUGUUUAAAUAACUACAUAGUCUAUGUACUAGAUUUUAGGAUUAAACAAAUGGAAAAUGAAUUGCAAAAAAAAAAAAAUGAAAGUGAUAUUUAUAUUUGUAAUUUUUGUAAUGCCACAUAUUCUCAGCUAGACGCUCAGAUACUUCCCUUAGAUUCUUACGACGCUCAUUUUCUGUGUUACUGUAAUAAUAAAAUAGAGUUAAUCGAAAAUGACGAUCACAAUGAUGAAAAAAUCUACAACAAAUACACCAAAUAUCUUAACAUUUUAAAAGAACAUAUAGAAAAACUAAAAAAUUAUUUCAUCCCUUUAUAUACUGAAAAAUUCAGUAAAAAAAAUGUAAACUCCAAUUCUUUCUUUUUUGAACGAUCCUCUGAUGAAUCCUUUACAAAUAAUUCUUCUGAGGUGUCCAUGACAAAUAACUCAUCACUAAUUUCACAAAGUCAACUUAAUAAAGUUGUGGAUGGAGGGAAAAGAAAAAAAGACGAUGGCCUUACGGACACGUGUAGUAGUAGCAUUUUGAAAAAGGACAAGAAGAUAAAAAUAUGUAUGAAUGUUAAAAGUAAGAAGAGUGUAAGUAAACAUGUGGAACAUGAGGAUCCUACAAAAAAUGUAAGAAAGAAUAGUAAUGCAAAGGUUGAGGAUUUUAUAAGUAAAGAGAAAGAAAGGAAAAAUAAACAAAAUGAAAAAAUGGCUCAACAGAAUGUUUCUAAAAGUAAUGAAAACGCAAAACAGUUAGAAGAAGAACAAAUGCUUGAACCUGAGUUGCCAUUUUUUUAUGUCAAGAAAUAUAACAAGAGAUUCUCCCUUUUAGAUGCUCAAAAACUACAACAAGACAUGACACAAGAAGAAUUUGAGAAUUUUAUGGAAUUACAAGAAACGUAUCUAGAUCAACUUUGA